UUUUGAUCUUUACUUGAUGCCGUAGUGUGGGAGUAACUAGGAAGUGAAGCGGUAACUAUGGAAAACGACAGCAGAGACAAUUCAAAAAUUACAAUUAAGUAAUUCGCAUGCAUGGCCCUUCCGACAUUUUCGACCCAUCUGUCCAGUCGGUCCCGGCUGGUGGCCGAUCAGUUGGCCCGGAGGCGGGAGCAGGAGGCGCGGUGGCGGCAGCAGUGGGAGCUGCAUGCUCGGUACUUCAGAGAGCAAAACAUCCACAGCCAGAGGCAGACGGCGUGGGGCUCCCGGAGCUCCUUCCAUCAGAGUAUGUCAGCAUACCAUAAUCAGAGACUGAAAGAGGAAAAGAAGGCCAAUCUGGAACAACGCAGGGAUCGGCUCAGGGCCAUGCUUCAAGAGGAGCGAGACCAGCUGGAGGCGGAGCUCCGGGCCCUGGUUCCUGACAGGAGCACGCAGACAAGUCGGCUGGUGCAGAAAACUGAAGAGCUGCGUAAAGCAAGAGAGGAGAGAAAGAAAAAGGUGGCACAGGAGCUGCUGAAGGAACACUGGAGGAAAAACACUCCAGAACUGAGAGAGGUUGAGUCAGCGUUGCAUAAAGAUUAUGUUGUCAGCCGGUGGCAGGAGCAGAUAUCUGAGAAGAAACAGAAAGAAGUGACGGAGCAGGAGGAGAAGAGACGCUUUGAAAACGAGUACGAGAGGAGCAGAAGGGAGGCUCUGCAGAGGAUGAAGCAGGCGGAGGAGAAAAAGAAAGAGGAGGAACGAAAGACGGCAGAGGAGCUUCGCAAACAGAUGGAGGAGCUCUACCUGAGAGAAGAAGAGGCCACACGUCUCAAAAAGGAGCAGGACGCUCUGCUACUCCAGCAGUGGGAGCUGGAGAGGAUGGAGGAAGAGAGGAGGAAGAUGGAAGAAAGGCAGAAAAAGACUGAAAUGAGACAUUUCUUGAUUCGUCAAUAUCGAGCUCAGAUGAAGAGGAGAGCCCAGCAAGUUCAAGAGGAGCUGGAGGCAGACCGUAAGAUCCUGGCUGCUUUGCUGGAGGGGGAGCAGGAGGAUGUGAAGCUGGAGACGGUACGGAGGGAGCGAGCGGUUGCUGAUGCUGCCUGGAUGAAACGUGUGAUUGAAGAGCAGCUGAAGCUGGAACGGCAGAGGGAGGCGGAGUUUGAAACCCUUCACAGAGAGGAGGCCCAACGUGUUUGGGAGAGGCGGGAGGCUCAAUGGGAGAAGGAGAGGAAAGCCAGAGAGCGGCUCAUGCGGGAGGUGCUUGUGGGGAGACAGCAACAGCUGGAGCUGAAAAUGCAGAAGAACAGAGAGGCCCAGGAGGAAUCCUUGAAAAGACGAGAGGAGUUGAUCCAGGAAUUGGAGCUGGAGAGGGAGCUGAGGCGGCAGGAGAAGGAGAAAGAAGAUGGUCGUCGGACAGCAAGGGCAAACGAGCUAAAAGCUCAGAUGGAACAGCACCAAGAAGACCAGCUGGAGGAGCAGCACCUGAUGGAGCAGGAGGAGGAGGAGCACAGAAAGACCCUUCAAAUCCAAGAGGAGGAGCUGAGGCUGGAGAUGGAGAGAGUGGCUGAGAAAGGCUACCAGGAGAAGAUCCACAGCAGGCCACGGUCAGCUUGGACAUGAACCCUCAAGACUCCACCCUCUUUAGGAUUUCCUUGUGUCUACAUAUGGCUGCGGUUAGACAUUAUAACAUUGCUAAUUGCCUAUUGAAUAGGUCUAAAGUCUUUCAGAAGUAUUUAUAGAAUUGUUUCUUUUGCAGAUGCUCAGAGAUGGCACAAAUAAAAAAAUAGCUUUAAAGGAGGGAAAUGUUUUAAAACUCCAGCAAACAUUUAAGCUGUCAGAUCAUUUCAGUCUGUCCUCAUGCGUUUGUUUGUACUCAGAGAGCAAAAACCACAAACCUGUGCCUUUUUUUAGGGUGACAUGAGUUAUUGGAGAGUGAAGUAAGCUUUGAUUUUAUCUUUUUUUAUGUGGGCCUGAUGCCAUCACUGAAAAAACGUUUGAUUUUGUACAUGUUUUAGUUUUUUUCUGAAUUUGUAUUUUUUUUUAAAUAAAACUGCUUAAAUUAAA